UACAGCUAAAGUCAUGAUCUGUACAUAAUGUAAAGAACAAUCUGUAAAAAUAUUACCUUGAUAUCUUCAAUAUUUGAGUAAGAUCAGAUUGAAAUCAAACGUUGAUGCUCCUGAUGUAAGAAUUAGAUUGUGAGGCUCCUGUUGUGGAAGUCCCUGAACGGGUUGCUUUUAAACUUUAUUAAAUUUUCAAGUCAAAGAUAAAGUGGUAUCUUUAUCUUGUAAAUAAUGGGAAAACUAGAAAACAGCUGUUAGGGAAAAACUGCUGAAUCAUGUGUUGCAGGUUAGUUUUAUCCUUGAACAAAGUUCAAACAUCUAGAACAAAGCCAUGAGGGAAUGGUGUCUUGUUUACAUUGGCGUUAUUGUGAUCAUUACCCUGACAUGUCUUGCAGCGGACAACCAGUAUAUCGGUCAAAUUUUUUUUUUGACAGAUUUACUUUGUACAAAGACAUUUGCUUUCUUUUGAAUAAUACAUUUAAGCUUUUCUAAUAAUACUAAUUGUUCAUUGGUUUAAAAGAUCCCUCCCACCUUUCAUAAUAAGCCACUAACAGGCUUGAAGGCAGUCCAUGUGCCUUUGCUUUACUUGCUCUCCUUACGAUAAUAACUAUUUAAACAUCCAUUUAAACUUUUGAACACACAGCAGUAAGACAAACCAACACACAAAUGUAAAGUUGCGCAGUGGCACACAGACAUCUAUGCUUAAAAGAUGGACUACAAAGCAUUAUUAUAUCUGGUGGUCAGUUUAAUUUGUUUUGCGGGCCUGGAACAGACUUACGCUGCCGGGACGAAUAAUUGGACUGGGAAACUAUUAGUGGUUCCUCUAGAUGGAAGUCACUGGACAGGGCUAAAGGCUGUGGCAGAAGAAAUGGGCCGCAGGGGUCACACAGUAAUCGUGGUGAUGCCAGAGAUCAGCAUGCGUAUGGGUCCAGGUAAACAUUACAUCACAAAAAUGUUUCCUGUCCCAUACAGCCGGGAUUUUUUCAAUAAAAUGAUGGCAGAAAGCUCUCAUCAUGUUACAACCUCAGAGGAUUCCCUCUUGAUGAGCGUUGUGUCAAAAGUGAACCAGAUGAAGAAAAUGUUUGAAUUUGUGGCCUCUACAGCUGAAAGUCUCCUCAAGAACCAGGAGUUGAUUGACUUCCUAAGAGAGCAAAAGUUUGAUGCUGUUUUAACGGAUCCAGUCUUGCCAAUAGGGCCCAUACUGGCGUAUAAUCUUUCAGUACCGGUGGUGAACAUGUUAAGGGGGAUGCCGUGUGGCCUUGAUCCUAGAGUUAUAUCUUGCCCCAGCCCUCCGUCUUAUGUCCCACGCUUCCAUACACGAAACAUAGAUCGUAUGACCUUUGGUCAGCGUGUGGUUAACAUGCUAGUAACUAUGCUGGAAGUGCCGCUCUGUAAGAUUGUGUACGGACUCUUUGAGGAAAUACAAUCCAACUUUAUUCAGAGAGAUGUGAGCUUGAUGGAGAUCCUGAGCAGUGCUGCUGUUUGGCUGAUGCGGUAUGAUUUCACCCUGGACUUCCCCAAACCAAUGAUGCCCAAUAUGGUGCUUAUAGGGGGAAUUAACUGUGACAUUAGAAAUCCACUGACAAAGCAGUAAGACAAACCAACAACACACAGAUGUAAAGCUGUGCAGUGGCAUACGGAUAGCUGCUGAAAAGAUGGACUACAGAGCAUUUUUAUAUCUGGUGGUCAGUUUAAUUUGUUUUGCGGCGCUGGAACAGACUCACGC